GACGGCAGUGCGGGGAGCGGCGCGAGACGUCGGGCGGAUCGCGGGGAGCGGAGAGACACGGAGACCGCGCGCGCCCGCUCGCCGCUCACUCCCGGCCAUGCAGAGCGCGCGACCAUGCACUUCCACUACCGUCGCCGCCGUCGCGCGGAGAUAAGCGCCGCCGGGCCCGGGGGAGCGCGCUGCGGCUGCGUGGGAGCGCGAGGAGGCGGCGGAGCGCCCGGAUCCGCUCGCGGGAGCGCGCUGACGGAGGCCCGUGAUCACGCAUCUACGGUACGGUGGAAGGCGCGCGAGGACGCGGUGUUGCUGCUGGCGAACGGCGCUCGUGCUGCUGCUGCUUCUGUGAGCGCGCGCGUCACGCAGGAGGACGGAGGGAGCGCGAGCCAGUGCUGCUGCUGCUGCGGAGCUGCGGGGCGCGUGGGAAUCGAUCAGAGCGGGGGCACGAGGAGGAGGAGGAUGAUGAAUAAUAGGGCAUGUCUCUCCACCACAAACAUUCGCCCGCCGGAUACCGCGGCAUGCAAGCGCCGUGCAUGCACCUUCACCCACUCCGCCAAGAGGGUGUGCUGCGGCAGCUCGAAUGGCAGCACGGACUGGGUGGGCGAGGCUGGCACGUGCCCGCAGCGCACCAUAGGGGCAGGAGGAGGAGCUUCACGUGUGGAGGCAGCACAGCAUCCAAGUCCACUUGGUGAUGGGAAUGGGAACGGUCCCUCCCGUGGCCGGGUAAGACUGUACCGGGUGCGUUCCUUCAUUACUGCUGGACCAAUCACAUGCCACCACCAUCAGAAAGGGGUGAAUGGAGGUGGCGGUGGAUCUGGUGAACUGGACCUUCAGGUGAACGGUCAGCACCCCGCUGGACGUGACAGGUCUGGGUGCAGAUCUGGGUCAGCGGUGGUCCAGGCGGUAGAGGAGGCGGCGGGCGAGGCCGGGCAGCGGCAGGCGGCGCUGGAGGAGCGUACGGAGCGGCUGUGGCGCCGGCUGCAGGCCGUGCAGGUGCGGCAGGUGGAGAGGCACGUGGCUCAGCAGCUGGGCGGACUGCGGCAGAGGGCAGCCGGGCGUCGGGGGGCGCUGGAGCUCGGCAGGAUGGCGAGGAGCUGCGGAGAGGUCCUGCGCUCGGCCGAGGCGGCGCUGGACUCGGACCACACGGCCAGCAGCUCUGGGGGCAGCAGCGACAGCGAGGAGGAGGAGGAGGAAGAGGAGGGAGGAAGAGGGAGGCAGAGAGUGGGGUCAUCCUCUUUAACACCAGUCCAUAUGAGCAUGGAGUGGCAGUGGACGAGGGACAGGGCGUGGCUGGGCAGCAGGUGGGUGUGGCUACAGGCUCAGGUGUCCGAGCUGGAAUAUCGGAUUCGUGCGCUGACUGAUCUCUACACGCAUCUCAGACAGGGGAAGGUGGGAGCGACACACUCUGUCCCAGAAACACCUUUAAGAGCACCCAGACCCCCCCGGGGACCCCCGGACUGCAGGUCGUCCGGUGUUGGCGAUCCUCUCAGGAAGAAGCAGAUGAUAAACCCCGCCCCCUCGUCACAAGCCCCGCCCUGUCCACCCUCGUCUGCGGCACGGUCCCGCCCCUUACUGCGACAGCGGCGGCACAAGCUGAUCCGAAUCGAGAGAUGUGCUGCUCUCGCGUCAAAGGCGGUGACCUCGCCGUGCUGCUGCCAGCCCCCGGUGGUGUGUGUGCUGUGUGGCAUUUCUGCGGCGUGCCCGCCGGCGGGUCAGGAUCAGAGUGGGCGGGUACGGAGGAGGGGUCUUGACCCGUGUGUUCACCCUGUUCUCUCCAUGCCCUCAGAUUUUUCUCUCGCACUGAAUUUUGGGACGCCCCCGCUGGCCGGGCCUCAGUCACACAGUGGUGUGCAGCGGUGCGGGUCGACGGCUGUCUCGCCGUGGCUGAGAGGGCGGAGUCAGGGUCCUCAGAGGGCGGGGCGAGCGAGGCGGAGACUCGUGUGUCCCCGCCCCCCAAACACACUGCCCCCACUGCUCAGCACUGCUGGUGGUUCCAGCUGCAGGAGCCAGAGAGGAGUGUUUAGUCCAGGUUUCCUCCCUCAGCGAGUUUCUGACCUUCCCCCUCUGCCGGCCACGCCCCCAGCCACAGACACGCCCACCCAGCCGCUGAGGAGGAGGCGGGGCGAGAGCUCGUUUGAUAUUGAUAAUCUGGUGAUGCCUCUGGGCCUGGCUGGACUAGGAGCUCGAGUGCAGAAACUGCAGUACAAGGAGAUUAUCACCCCCAGCUGGAGAGAGCUGGACUCUGUCUGUGGGGUCUCGGUGGUACAGGUGGGCGCAGGAAGUCACCCCAAAUACCACUCUGACGUACCACACCAACCCAACGGUGUAGAAGCUGGAGGUGAAUGCGAGGUGGAGGAUCUCUCUGAUGGUGUGUUUCUGAAGAGGCAUGCUGUGUGUGAGAGCCGGGAGAGAAGCCGAUGGGGGAGCUGGGCUCGUCGACGCCGCCGGGGCAGAUCCUCCUCCUCGUGUCCUGAAGAUGGGAAGAGCUCCAGGGGGACGGAGCAGGAGCCGUGCUCUCCGAACCCCAGGCAGAGGCACCUCACUGGGGGAGACGCCUCGCCCUGCAGCCCCCUGUGCUCUGGAGCCGACGACCCGUUCUACCACACCGAGGAAAAGCAGCAGGCCGUGCAGCCGUGGGAGCGCAGGUUGUUCCCCUUGCUGGAGGCGGAGCUCCGGUGGCUGCAGGACGAGGAGGAGGACGAGGACGUGUGCACAGCCAGCGCCCGCAGCCAGAGCACGGACUCGGGCAUCUCGGUGGGCAGCCUGGAGCUCUCGCCGAGGACCCCUCAACCACAUCAGCAGCACCCGGACACGGAGCCCACCUGUCCCCAAACGCUCACCUGCAAACUAGCCGUCCAAUCAACUCAGGAUUCUGCCUCUCUCCUGCUUUGCUUAGCUCCGCCCACCUCGCUGUCCUCACCUCGUAACCACGCCAUCACCCAUCAUGCCAAUCACAGAGCCAGCAGGACCAGCGCCAGUCCGUUCUGAAAACCGUCAUAUUUAAUCUCUUAGAUCAGGGGAUCCAAUCAUUAAGACCAAUUAAGAAUCAGGUGUGGAUCUGGAUCAAUUAGCCACACCUGCUGAUUUCUGAUAAGAUUCACCACUAAAACGAAGUCUUAGCAACUAAAAUCCUCCUAAAUACAGCUCUGGAAAAAAUAAAUAAAGAGAGAACUUCA